AUGGCGGGACGACUAGAUGAGCUUGGAGAUGAGCUUGUCCAUAUCUUUGUUGGACCCGAAAGAAAGAAGUUCUCGGUCCACAAGAAUCUCAUUCGCAGAUCUGGAGAUUUCUUCAAGGCAGCUUUCCAAGACAACGGAUUCAAAGAAGGGGCGGAAAAUAAGAUGGAUCUACCUGAAGAUAAGCCAUAUAUUUUUCAGAAAUUUGUUACCUGGAUGUAUACUGCACAAGUUGGAAGCCAUCAAGACCAAACUGAAGAGGCCGGAGAUGAUUGCAAUCUUGCUAUCAUUGAGCUUUACAUCUUCGCCGACAAGUAUCAGAGUGUGCAGCUAAUGGACUUUGCCAUGGAUUCGCUUCAGAAUUCUCUCAAAAACAACUGCAGUGGCCUUUCGUUCCGAGAAGUUGAGAUGGUCUUUGAAUUUACGAAAUCCAGGUUUAAUCAACCGCUACGACGCUUUGCUAUAUCGAUUAUGGCUUGUACUGUUCUUGACGGCACACUUUGUUCUUCACUUCAGGAAAUGGAAAGGAUAUUCAAAGAGAUUGACGGUGCGCUGAUAGAAACUCUCAAGUGUAUACCUUUGCUCCUAUUAACACAUUCGGGACCUAAAUAUCGUACGGACGAUUCUACAUGCGACGAGGGAUUUGGUAUUUGCAAGUUUCACCAACACAAACUUGAUGCCAUCUGUAACUCGCCACCGAAUAAACCCGUGGGAUUAGUCUAA